AAGAGUCACAAAAGCUCUCCUACUGCCUGCCAAGAAUCAAAAAAGGAGAACGAAAUAUCUACCAAACAGGGGGUCCUUGCUUCGUGCUAGGUGAACGUCGUCCCACAACGUGGAAAUGAGGCUGCAAAUUCUUCCGUGGUUCUUCCUGACAUCGCUGCUUCUCCCGUUUUCCGAAGGCCACGGAUGGAUCAAGCCCCGCGACCACCGGCCCUUUUACCCAAAUACCGGCGUUCAAAACAAUCUUCCUCCCGCGAAGCCUCAGGUUCCUGACUCCGCUCUGGAAUACCAAAGCUCUUUUUGUCAAGAAGGUUGUCGAGAUGGCUGGAUGAGUUACUCGGGCCACUGCUACAUGUAUGUUCAGGAGCAACGGACGUGGCCAGAAGCUGAGAGGACUUGCCAAAGCUUCAUCCCAAACGGACACCUGACCAGCAUCUCGAGUGCCCAACACAACACCUUCCUGGUGAAGCUGGCCAUUUACCAAGCACGAAAACCGGUUCUGUUCUGGAUAGGAGGAAGCCACCAAAAGGGCAGUUCUCUCCGAUGGAGCGACGGCUCCAGGCCGAAUUUCCUUCAGCGUCCCCUGAGUUCAAUUCUUAAUUUGGCGGGCGGAGCCAUUCAACAAAUCCUAGGCCUGAAUGUCCGGAUCUGCCUGCAAAUCAAUUUAGGAGGUCACGGUCGGUGGGAUGGCGCCAACUGUCAAACGAGGCUACCUUUUAUCUGCGGCUACAAACCAGAUUUGACGCCUCCAUAAUUCGCACCAGAAAAAUAACCCUUGCUUCCCAAGAGCUACCCAAAUGGGUCAGCCCUGAAAUGGAGAUAAUCGACCAGGAAUUUCUUUCCUUUUGAGACCCUGCACCUAUAAAUGCACUCCUGCAAGUGCAAAUGCAAAAGAAUCAUCAAUCGUCUUGACUUAGAUUGACACCAAUCAUUAUUUAAAGCACCAUAAUAGAACGCAUUGUUUAAGAAAAAUCCGGCUUGAUUUGAGUGCUUAAUGAGAUCUAUGGGCUACUUAUACCUUCCACAAUUGCAGCGAGAAAGCUUUAAUUUAAAACUAAUUACAAAUCAUUCAUUAAACAUCACUUAC